UACAUCCAGCCUGAAACCAUCCUUUAACAGUUCAUGGCCAUUGUUGCUUGUCCUCCCCUGGGACGCCCUAGUGAGCAGUUUUUCAUCCAAGAAUGCAGAGGAUGGAGCAGAAACAGCCUAUGUCAGCCUGCCUGUGAUAACCUGGGAAGAGCUCUCUCCCUGAUCCUACCCAGCUUCUCUGGACUCUGAGUUUUCAAGGAAUUUGGGUGGCAUCGUAAUUUUCAUGUGGACACCUCCAUGGAGCCCAAGGCAUACCCCUCUAAGUAGAUGUAAACAGACAUCAUGAAUAGAAAUGCAGUUUCCUUCAUGUCUUAAUCACCAGUUCAAAAGCUGCAGAGAGUGACCAAAACUUAUUGCUAUCUCAUACUAAAUGGCCUUUCUGCAGUGAGAUCUCUGUCCAGUUAACAGCUCUUUCUGUCAGAUUGUGCUAUCAUAUUUAGCAGCUGGUCUCAGCAGAAGCACCAAAAUCUGCACAAGCGGCAGACACAGAAUUCCCCACUCAGCAAAUCCCUUUGUUCACCAGCAGGGGGAAGUUUGCACAGCUGUUAUCCUGCGUUGUUUCUGUUCUGCAGAUAAACGAAGGGUGUAAUUAUCUGGGACUGCAAAACCAACACCAAAAUUUAGCGCACAUGAACAUACCGCUCGGUGCAUGAAAUGACUGCCAAAUAGUGCUAACUUGCAUGUGACAAUUGAAAAAUGACAUUGGUUCAGUGGUAUUGCAUGAUAAUCCAGAGUCCCAAAGCCCUGUGGACUCGUGUUUUACAGCAUUUGUAGCUAACGGCAAAAGUUUGUUUUGUAUUUUGAUGGAGAAUAAAAAUAACAGAAGCCUGGAAGUUGACUGUAAACCUUUCAGAAAAAAAAUAUUUGUCAAAUGUUACUAAACAACACGUAUGUCAUAGUGCUGGUUGCCUAGAUUAUGCUAACAAGCGUAGUGAGGAAUUUUAAAAGAGGAUUAAAGAUUUUCAGGGUUUCUUGAAUGACAUGAAUGAAGAGAAUUUAGAACAAGAAGAAACAAAUAGUUUAGAUUCUUCAAAAUAUUUCUGUGUAAACAGAAAGUAAUAAUGCUGUAGUAUAGGCAGGGAAAGAAGAUUGAAAAGUCAGUCCAGUAACUAGUCACAUUUAACAUUUAGUUACACGACUGAGCUGAUCUUGGCUUUUAUUACUGGCAGUAUUUUCUUUUCAUUUUGCAUUAUACUGGUCUUGAAUCAAUACACAGACCAAGUUACUCAUCAGCCUUCCUUUCUUACUUAAAAUGACUUUUUCUUUUUUUUGCCAUGAACACAAAAUAUAUUAUAAAUACCAUUUAAGAUGUAAAGAAGUACUUGUUUCUUCAGAGAAAUGUAAUUUGAAAUUCUCACAAGAUAAUCAAUGGCAGGGCAAUUUCCAGUAUUGAUAAAAAGUAUCUUUUAAAAGAUGAUUUCUAGCCCCUGGUUCCAAAGUGCAUAAAUCCACAGGUUGUAGAAGUCGGAUCUGGCUGCAUUAUUUUAACUACCUUGCAUGUAUAUUCUGAGCAAUAAAAUGAUGUACUUACACAUACCACAGCUGUUUCUAGCUCUCUGACAGGUCAGCUUCCAUCCUACUGCUCUGGUUUUCAUGCUUCCACUGGCUCAUUGGAGUGAAAUGGUUGCAGUCUAUUUACAGGUCUCUCCAUAUGCUUCUGUAACCAUUGGAGGCAAACGCAACAGUCUCAAGAGCCUUUGUGCUUUGGCUAACAUGAAUGCUGUUUAGUUCAAGGGGGGCGGGAAGCCCUCUGAAAGAGCUCCUUAUGCUACACCACAUUAAUUUUUACAUGGAAGGAAAUUGGGUGUUUCCUUUUGCCAGCUCUCAAAUCAACAAUGAAUGACAAUUAACACACGUCCAUGUUGUUAAUUGAAAACCGGGUUUUGAAAGACUCCUAGUAAGUUGUUUUUAUGCCUAGUUAUGUCUAAUGCACCUCCUACACCUCUAGUGUAGCCUCUUUUUUUUAAUCUCCUGCAAACAGCCAUCAGACACACCAGUGAGAAGACUUAUGCGUAACAUCUCUCCCAAGCGUCGUGUCUCUUGUUGUCUUGUCCCAUCUGAUAGAAGACAUGAGGUGCAGUGUAUUUUUGCUUGCUCGUCACGGGUAGCUGUUCUGCUUUGUUGCUGUACUCCUUGCACCACUGAUGAAGUGGAGUGUUGCUAUAGAGAUAAGUUGUCUUGUGCACAGCUUGUGAAGAGACAAGCAGUCCUGCAGCACUGAGUCAGCUAAGUGUGUUCCUGAAUGGAAGCAGGCAGCUCUUCCCUCCUCCGCAUAUGGCAGGUUUUGAAGUAACAGUCAGAAAAACAUGAAGCUGUUGAAUUGGAUAGGCUUAGGAUUAGUUUCCAUGAAUUUUUAGAGAUCAAGUAGGAUUUUUAAACACACCUACCUGUUUAUCUAGGGGCAUCAAUAGCCGUUGUAUAAAUCCAGCCCCCCAUUCAUUAGCUUCCCUGCCUGUAAAAUGGGUAUGUUUACCUCAGAGGCAUUCGGAGGUGUUAUUAAUGUUUGUCCUACACUUGGGAAUGCCCAGAGGGAAGGUGCAACACACACAUUCAAUAUUACACUGUUUGAAGUUUUCACAGGGGAGAACAAGCACUCAAGUGCAACUCAAGUGACAUGGUGUUUUCAUUUGCUGCAGGUAUUUUCAUUCAUAGUCCCAACACGGCUUCAAAGAGCAAUGCAGAGGGUGCUUCAGAGGCUCUUCCACACACGAAACAGCCUGUUCGCUGGCCUGCACGUAGCUUUGGAGGCAGCAGUUUACGGUGAAUACACUUGGGAAGUGUUUGGCUACUGCCAAGAGCUGGAGUUCAACACGGGCUUCCUUCUGCUGCCAUACCUGCUGCUUGCGGUGAACAUGGGGGCUUUCGCGCUGUGCACUCUGACCAACCCAGGUACAAUAACAAAAUCAAAUCAAGAGUCUUAUCUUCGGGUUUAUGCACAUGACGGUGCGAUGUUUCGGAAAGGCGUCAUGUGUCGCACAUGCCACAUGGAAAAGCCGGCCAGGUCAAAGCACUGCAGUGUUUGUAACUUCUGUGUACAUCGUUUUGACCACCACUGUGUUUGGGUCAACAACUGUAUCGGGGCCUUCAACAUGAGAUAUUUCAUCAUUUACCUCUUCACUCUGACUGCUAUGGCUGCCGACAUCGUAAUCAUAACAGUAGCCUUUCUAAUCCAAGUAGUGCUGCUAUCAAAUAUGAUGUACGGGAGUUACAUUGAUGAGCAAGGGCAGGAGCACGAGGUUGAGAUUCCCUUUCUUAUUCAGCACCUGUUCCUGAUCUUUCCCAGGAUCAUCUUUAUGCUUGGCUUUGUGGUAGUCCUCUCUCUGGUACUGGGGGCAUACUGCUGUUUCACUCUGUACUUGGCUGUCACCAACCAAACAUCCAACGAGUGGUAUAAAUCGAGAAGAUACGAGUGCCCUCACUGCCAGGCGCAGCAGCCCCACGACAAGCACACUGCAUACAGGAAUGCAUACUCUAAAGGAGUUUGGAUCAACAUAAAGGAAAUCAUUAAACCUCCCACAGUCUCAGAAAGAAAGAAAAACACCUGAGGAAAUUUAACUCUUUUUAAAAAUGUCUUUAAUUUCUGCCAGGGGUUUCCUAGGCCACAAAGGACUCUUGAAAGGACACUAAUGUCCACUAAGUGCUACGAUUCAGGGAUUUUGUUCUGAAGAACAUAACUGUAAAAUACAGUUGUUAAUGCAGUCAUUUUGGAGACAGCAAUCAGUUUAUAUCUGUUCCACUGAACAUAAUUGAUUAAGAUGAUGGGUCUCAGUAGAAAGCAGCCAUUUAAGAUGUGAUUAUAGCUCAAUGCAUCCUAAAAUGUUCUGUCGUCUUCAGUAAGUUUUGAGUGGCAGAGUUAAAGCUAAGGUAUGAUGCUAGCCUUGGGGAAGCCACAUUUCAUAUGUGCUUAAGAACUAACGAACAUGAAGCAGGAUCAUAACUAUCACAGCAGGAAAAAAAAUAUAUCAAACUAUGCAAAUAAAGCCUUCAAGGACCUGUAUUAAGUAUUGUAAUAAAAUUAACAUACAAGUCCUUGAAAAGGCCCUUUCAGUGCAUUUUAGGGUAAGCAGACACUUCAUGAAAGGAACAUGUUAAAUCUUAUAGUUAUGUAGGCGUAUCAGCUCUGUGCGAGUAUGCCCAAAGCACUAGUAUGCUGUACAGCUAAUCUUAGA